GAGACACUUUUCAAUGCGUUUCAUAGAUUUUAUUGUACUUGUAUAUAUUGUCUGCCUUUUUUCCUGUGUAAAGCGGGACUUACGGAAUAAAAGUUAAAAAUUGAAAGAAACUUUCCCACUGAAAUGAAGUGAUAAAUUGUGUCUUUAAGUGUGCAUGGAGAGAUAAUUAACUUUGCAUUUUAGUAAUGUUGGAUAUAUUUAUAUUGUUGGCAAAAUGGUAGUAUUCCUCCUAUGAGUUUUGUGAAAGACGACUUAUUGCCAUUUGUAUGUCCGUUUUUUUUUUUUUAAAUCAGUAUGCAAUGGACAUCAGAAAAUAAACUAUCCAGUUAUGUUAUAUCUAAAUUACUAAUCAUAGGUAUAAAUCUUUCACCUUAAAUUAAUUAUCCGUUGUACGAAUAUCUAUCGUAUCUAAGAUAUUUGCUUAGUUGUGGAAUAUUGCGAAAAAAAUAUUUCUGAAAUGAACAUUACAAAUAAAUAAGGGAUUUUACACAAAUCUAACAAUUUAUACCAGGUUAUUUGUGUCAGGCAUCUUUCUAGUAGCGUAUUUCGGAGAUAUUGUUUUAGUAAGACUUAAUGUUUACAAUAGAUAUCGAUCUAGUGACCAGUGGCUAUAUAAAUCUGUUUUGUCUGAUUGUCAAAAAUUGAAUCACAACAUAUUGUAGUACUAUCUACUUAGUGAUUAAAACGGAUUACAAUGCAGUGACCGAAGGUAAACAAUGAGCCGGGUUUUUACAGACCAUGUCUUCAUGGUCAAAUUGUUAUUGAACACGUGUUGGUUGGGACUUACAUCAAUAGUUGUCACUAUAGCUAGAUGUUGACACUUGAGCUGUGACGUUUUGGACAGAUCCACUGUUAAAUACCUUAAGAAAAAGCUUAGCCAUGGUCAACGCAGGAGACAGAUGUAAUUUUUUCCGUCGACGGGUCGUCCUUAAAACGGUUGUUGUGCUGUGCUUACUUACUUACGUAUUUAUAGAAUUACUAUAUGUCGUAAAAGACAAACGCGAAAAGGGAGACACUAUUCAUGUUGUGGAUUAUAACGACACAUUUAAGUUUAAGCCAUUAAGUAACGGCAGAAUCGCGCCUUUCGGUGUUGACAGAAAUGACUUCAAACGAUUCCCUUAUAUUAUGGGCGAGGCUGAGCGAAUGCUUAGAACACUCAAAGACUUGGACAAAGUGAACUUUCUAAAAGAGCUGUUAAACAGUUCGGAUGUGUCUGGUAAACAAUACUCGGGUAGAAUUAUCCGAAAAUUUUCCACAAAUAAAAUCAAAUUCCGCUUUAAAAGGGUGAAAGCUCAUAAAACAGCGGAUAAUGCUGAUGAUACCGAAAGUGAAUUUAUGCAUAAAAGCUGUAAAAUGUGGGCGGUGCUUACAACGAUAUUUGAGCCCCCGUCGGAAGCUGUACGACGGUUCAAGUACAUGAGAAACUGGUGUGUGGUUAUAGCUGGCGAUGCUGGGUUGCCAAAUACAUACCUUCUCCCCUCCUCUGUGCCUAAUCAGACAAUCGUUUUCUUAAGCAAGGAGGAUCAAAACAGGAUACAUUCUGAUUUUAUUGACGGUUUGCCAUGGAAAAGUUUUGGCAGAAAGAAUGUGGGAUUUUUGUAUGCGAUUGCGCAUGGGGCAAAGAUUAUAUGGGACUGUGAUGAUGAUAACAUGCUUAAGUUCUGGUUGGAAGGAGCUUCUCCGGACGACAAUUUAUGGAUAGAAACGUAUACAAACAUUGACGGAACUCUUAAGCCUUUAACUUUGGUUGACGUAAAAGAAAAGUACAAAAAUGACAUAGCCAAUUUCUUUAACCCGUAUCCAUAUCUAGGAGCGCCAAAUCCAAGUUGUUGGCCGAGAGGUUAUCCAUUGACUUUAAUCAGAUCAUCUGAGGGAAUGGAUCAUUUAACAUUUAAAAAUGUCAGUAAUGUUAAAUCAGCUGCUAAACACGUUGGUGUUCUCCAGGCUUUGGCCGAUCACGAACCUGACGUGGAUGCUUUGUAUCGUCUUAUUCAUGGUACUCCGUUCUACUUUAAACGACCAAAGUCGGAAAAUGACAAAAAGUCAGCCGUGCUCUUGUCACCAGGAGUUUAUUCCCCACUAAAUGCCCAAGCGACGCUACAUUUUCACUCAGCUUUCAUUGCAAUGUAUCUUCCAACCACUGUUCACGGUCGUGUUUCUGACAUAUGGCGAAGCUACAUUGCACAGGCCGUUCUUUCUUUAAAAGACAUACUGGUCGGGUUCAUGCCACGACCCCUGGUUGACCAGGAUCGUAACGUUCAUUCUCACCUUGCAGACCUUCAGUCAGAGACGCCUUUGUACACAAGAGUUGAGGUCUUCGUAUCAUUUCUAGAUCACUGGAGAAGAGACAAGAUAGCCAAAGGCGAGCAUAAGUCACGUUCAUUUGAAGAUCUUUAUGAGGACUUGUAUAUUGGAAUCUACGAACGCGGCUUUAUAGAGAUUGAUGAUGUCCUUGCCAUUCAGCGGUGGAUUUUGGCUCUUUUCGGUGUUGGGUUUACGACGAGAUCUAUUGACACACUUGCUGAUUCGGCUUCUGAUUGGAUUAUAAGUGAGGACAAGUCAAACUUUAACGUUGGUUUAUCGGUGUUUUACCAACCAAAUUCUUUUCCAAAGAGCUGUGAAGUGGUUAAAAAGAAGCAUACCGAAAUGACAUUUUGGACCUCUGAUUUGCACGACGGUUGCAGAAUAGACUUUCCGACCAUUCUCUCGUCUCUUGGACAGCGAUCUGUGGUUGCAGGCUACAAGUAUAGAAAAACGCCAUACCCUGAAGUGUUUAAUAUUUCCAACAUCAUAGUUCCAAAAUCAAUUCCUAAAGAAAUAGAAGAUUACAGGAUAGGGACUCAGGUAACGCAGGAUUUAAUUAACAAAGUUAUGCAGUUUUAUACAAAUGAUGAAUUGUUUCAGAGUGUUGAUGCAUUCUUUUGUGGAUUUUAUUCGUCAAUGUGCCAAUUAUGGAUGCCACUCAACAACACUAAGUCGAUACUAUUUAUCACAGCUCAUCGAUACAACCUUGGAAGGUGCACUGUAGAUUCAUGGAAUAAGUUAACAGAUCAGCUCAUAGAUCUUGAAUUAAGAAACGUUCAAAGUCGAACAGGAGCAAAACACAUAAUUGGCGGUGCUAGUAGAUAUGAUUAUGAAUAUUUGAAAUACUAUACUGGUCUUGGUGAUGCAAUAAAAUUGAUAAGCAGCUUUGGUGGCAUGUAUACAAAAGGUGGUGAAUUUAAACCUUCAGAGGCUGAAAUUCUUGUUGCUGGCUAUGACAAAACAAUGAUAGGAAAAGUGAAGUCUUUUAAACUUAUUGACAUUCAUGAAAAAUAUAAACACUACACAUCGAAUGAUUUACUUAGACAUAAAGCAAUAAUCUAUAUUCCUUAUUCUGUGAUGUCAUAUAAAUUAACAGACUUUUAUUCCAUAAAUAUUCCAUUAUUUAUGCCUAGUGCAAAAUUCUUAAGAAGCCGAGGCGGACUUGGAGCAGAUAGAACGAGCACCACAUCUCCUUAUUGUAAUAUGGACACAGAUUUACAUUUAAAAGUGAGCAAGCACCCUACAUCGCACCAUUCUUACAAUCCUAAUGCUGAAUUCAAUGAUGACGUUGAAGCAGAGAUGUACUGGUUACAGUUCAGUGACUUUUUUGACUGGCCACAUAUCCUGUAUUUUGAUAGUAUUGAGGAUCUAGAUACAAAACUGAACACAGUCGACUUUAGCACCGUGAGCAAUUUGAUGAGAACGGAAAAUGAUAUAAGAAAGCAUUUAGUUCUAAGUCAAUGGUGCUCAAUUAUUUCUAGCAUUAGACAUUAACAUAAAACAAACAAAAUACCAUUUGUUGUUUAACUUAAAAUUGCCUUUCAUAACAUACCGUUUCAUGAUUUAAAGUAGAAUGUUUUCGAGUAUGAUUUUAUGCUUAUUUUGUGUUGAAGAUUUAAGUGAAAUGAGUUAAAAAGAUAGUGUAUUAAAAUUUAAAAAAAUGCAUCAAACUAUUUUGUGCUCCUUUAACGUACCCGCUGCACAAACGGGCUUGUUAUUUAAUCGUGUU